UCAGUUACGAAAGCAUGGCUGCUCGUUUUGUCGAUUAGUUGUAAUGUAUCACUUAGUUUGUUCUUUAUUAUCUUGAUUAGCCUUUACAAAGAUUUUUCUUAAUGUCUUGUCUCUCUUAAUUUUCCCGUAUUUCUGCAUCUAUCAUAUCUAAUCACACCAAAUAGCGAAGAAAAAUAUUAGAAAACAAAUUUCUCUCUACAAAGAUACCCCCACGGAAUAAAUGAAGAGUAUGCAAGACUAAAAAAAAUGACCUUAUCAAGAUAUGUAAUAUCAGUUAUAUAACCUUGAAGUAAUUUAUGAAGUUGUAAAGAAAGGUAUUGCAUUUGUAUUUAAUGAACAAGUGGAACAAUGGAGGAGGAACAAUGUGAGAGUCAGCUUCAUGAUGAUGAAGUCAAAUCUGAGGACGAGCAGCUUGACGAUGAAGUAAGAUCUGAAAGUCCAAUUCAUGAUGAUAUAAAAUCUGAGACAAAGUUAGAUAUAACAAAGAAAUUAUACACCUGUGAUGUGUGUUUGCUAAUCUUUUCUGAUGUCGGAAGUUUGACAGAGCAUAAACAGAUACAUGGGCCUGAAAAACCAUAUCCAUGUGAUAUCUGUGGCAAAUCAUUUUCACACAAAACUAAUUUAACUCGUCAUCACAAACAUGCACAUUCUGAAGGCAAAUCCUGCUGCUGUGAUAUCUGCGGUAAAACAUUUAUGACAAUCGAAACCUUAGCUACUCAUAAACGCACUCAUACAGAUAAGAAACCAUAUCAUUGUGAUGUCUGUAGUGAAAGCUUUACAAAACGUAAAACAUUGAAUGUCCAUAAACGUCGUCACACUGAGAAGCCACACGAAUGUGAUGUCUGUGGGAAAACAUUCUCUCACAGUGCUUAUUUAACUUCUCACAAACUGACCCAUUCAGAAGAGAAACCAUAUGAAUGUGAUAGCUGUAGUAAGACAUUUUCUCGGAAAGAUUACUUGAAACGUCACAGACGUGUUCACACUGGGGAAAAACCAUAUGAAUGCAAUGUGUGUGAGAAAUCGUUCUCUGGUAGUGCGAAUCUAACUUGUCAUAAGCGUAAACAUACAGGUGAAAAACCAUACGAGUGUAAUAUCUGUGGUAAAACAUUCUCGACAGUUGGAAAUCUAUCUUCUCAUAAACGAAUUCACUCUGAUGAGAAACCAUACGAGUGUGAUAUCUGCCAUAGAACAUUCUCUCAAAGCGGACAUUUAACUAAUCAUCAAAGUGUUCACACAGGUGAGAAGCCACAUCGCUGUGAUGUCUGCGGUAAAACGUUUUCAAUCAGUGGAGAUUUAACACGUCACAAACAUAGUCACACUGUUGAGAGACCUUUCCCGUGUGAUGUCUGUGAUAAAAAGUUCACAACCAGUGAACAUUUAGCUUCUCAUAAACUUAUUCACAUAGAGAAACCUCAUGAGUGUGAUGUCUGCGGUAAAACAUUUUCAAGAAAAAGAUAUUUAAUUAGACACAAACAUAUCCAUACCGGGGACAAGUCUUACCACUGUGACAUCUGUGGUAAAUCAUUCUUUAUGCAUGCAGACUUAAUUCUUCACAAGCAAAUUCAUACAGGUGAGGAACCUUACCAGUGUGACAUAUGUAAUAAAAUAUUUGCAAGAAAGAGGUAUUUAGUUAGGCACAGACACAUUCAUAAAGGCAAUAAAACUUCCCAGUCUGAUAGUAACUGUGAUAAAAAUGCACCUGAAGAUGAAAAUUCAGCUGAUAAUGAACCUGGAGAUGAAAAUUCAACAGCUAAUAAAGAUACUCACACAGAGAAACUACAUCAGUGUGAUGCCUGUGGUAAGAUAUUUGCACAGAAGAGAUAUUUAAUUCGGCACAAACAUAUUCACUCAGAUGAGAAGCCCUACCACUGUGAUACGUGUGGUAAAACAUUCUCUCGAAAUGACUAUUUGACACUUCACAAGCGUGUCCACUCAGGGGUAAAACCAUAUAACUGUGAUGUUUGCGGUAAAGCAUUCUCUACAACUAAAAUUUUAACUCGUCAUAAACGAAUUCACACCGGAGAAAAACCGUACCAAUGUAAUAUGUGUGGUAAAACAUUUACGUAUAAAACUACUUUAAAUUAUCACCACCAGAAAAGCAAAGACUGCCUUUAUAUACCACACGGCUUGGAUGUUCUUGCCUCUCAAUCUGCAGCAGAGUCUUCUUAUCCUUUGCCAGGAGCAUCUCUAAUGACUUCGCAAAAUCCUACAACCCACUAUCCUACAUCCAAUAUGGCUCUGUUAGCAGCACACUCGCUAUAAAAACUACAAUGUCUACAGCUUGUAUUGCUUCCAACUCCAAACUGCAUUUCAACAAAACUUUUCAAAACAGAGUUGUCAUGUAAAAGGACUCCUGCUAAAUAUAACCAUAUCUAGGUGUCUGGUCUUGGGUGUGUUCUUUCCCUAAGCCUCUGUACUCUUUGGCCUACAUCUUAUCAACCAAAAUCUUCAACCUUUCUCAUUUUCCAGAAAGAUCUAUGGAAACAUGCAGCAGUGUAUUGCUUCUUCCAAAAUGGGAAUUACCAGCCUAUUUAUCUUUCUCUUACUCUCUUCCAGCACCUCAGAAAUGAUAACAGAAACAGUUGUAAACAUUUUCUCCCUCAGUGGCCUCCAUUAAGUAUCUUUAGAUGUAUUUCAACUGGAGAUUUGUUUUGUGAGUACUCUAGUGAAAGAUGGCAUUUUAAUCCAUUUUGCCUGAAUACCUAAGCUGAGGUGCCUACCAUUGGUUUAUAUCAUGUCUUUUUGUCUGGAUUUCUGCAAAAUCAAUGCACUGUUAAAUGUGUGCAGAUGAGGCCCUCACCAAUACAUAUUUUAUAAACUCUGGUCUACUCCAUGGUCCAACUACAUUUCCAACACUUCUAUGCAGACGAUUUUACUGUCGCUCUUACAUACAUCCAAGCCCAACACGGGUCUUGUGCUUUUUCCAUGAAACCGAGGAAGCUUGAACAGAUUCUUCAUGACUUUAAUGACAAUCUAAUCUCUUUCAACAACAUAAUAACAAGCCAAGCAGUCAAUCCUGUAUUUCAUCCUCUAUAAACAUGAUCGAAGUCCCAGAAAGUGCAAGAUCUCACAAUCUUCAAUGAUCUCUCAUGGUAAUCUCUUGUGCUAAACACUUUUCACAAUCCUCCGGAGCUUCAUAUCGUUCCUGUCAAUAAAAAAGUGUAAACAUUGACAAUAUGCUUAGUCAUGUGUGCAAAUUAUGAUCUCUACAGAUGUUUACUCCAAAGUCAUUGUAGAAUGAGACUUCAGUGUUUUCUUGUAGGAAGACUCGAUUGAUUUGCUGUGGUGUGUGUAUAAUUCCUCAUGCCAAUAUGAUUGAUAUCUGUAGUUAAAACAUUUGUAACAGAUAUUUGGUUUUCCACAAACAUUCAUAUAGUUCAUAACGAUACUCAUAGUAUAUGUCAUUCUUAUUCACCAAUUUCCAUAAACCUAUUCAUACAGGUGGCAUUAAUGAUAAAAUAUUCUAGAAAUUCUGUUUUAACUAGUCUCAUGUCAUAACUGAAAAUCAUUGUCGCAAUUAAAGAAGCUAUCACAACACAAUAAAUCACGGUAUGUUGCCUGAAUGAAAUGUGUUUAUAUUAGAAUUUUUAGUAAAUCUUAGAAAAUGAGUGACAGUUUUGUUUAUAGUGCUAUUGUAACAUUUUUGGUAGAAUUGUUUGAAAGACAACCAUAAAAUACAGCUGUAAUAUUUCACCAUUCCUGACUCUUUAAUUUUAUAUAUAUAUAUAUAGAUGUUACACAUGAUUGAGAAGGUCUUUGAUGAAAAAAAAUAUUAAAAGUUGCAUAAAUGUAACUUUUCCUUUGAAAUAUUUCCAUGUUAAAUUCUUACAGUAGUUUAACUUUUUCCCUUUCAAAUUGACAGAAAUUGGAGGUUAUUUUUGUAAAUUACGUUCCAGAAUCCUCCUCGACAUUGUGUUUAAGCUGAUUAUAAACUGCUAUUUGUCACUAUAACCAUUAACUUGGUCAAAUCUUAUUUUUUAAAGAUAAAUUUUAUGUUGUAAUUAUAUUUGAAAUGGAUAUAUAGAACUGUCUGUCAAAUUAUUACUCCUUUGGAAAUGUUUUGUUACAUUUCUGAUUUACUUACAGUGGAUUAACUUGAAUAAUGAAUCUGGCUAUAAAUAUGCAGUUAUCAAAAUUGUAUCACUUAAUUGCUGGCAAUAAAUGUGUAUUUUAAAAAAUAAUCUUCUGAUGUAAAAGUUGUCCUUCGAAAUCUUAUCUCAUGGGAUAUCUUCAAAUAUAUAAGUGCCAAAUGAAUGAAUACAUCAAAAUUAUAAUGUAAAAUCUAAAUAAUAAAUAUGAUGAAUUUCUCAA